AUGAACCAAGUGCGUACACUUUCGUCUUCAUCUCUCCCACUCCUUCUCGAACCUUCUUCUCCUCUUCUGUUACCGUUUUUUGGGCAUCAUCAAGUACAAUUUCAUCCUUCUAAUUCCAAUGUUUGGGAAUUGAUGGAUAAUCAGAAUUCUUUGACGAUGAUAGCCAGAGGCAUGGUGUACAAGAGUGUGAUAUGUCUUUUAUGGUUUCCAGGAGGACUUGCAAACAUUGGGAAGAUAGUUGGCGAUUGGGUGUUCCUCCAUGCAGACUUGGUAGCUCUGUAUAUCUCCAUGGCUACAUUGGUUGCUGGAAUGAAUAUGGGACCCACAUUCUGGAAAAAGAUGGAGAAGCUUGCAAGGAAAGCCAUGGGUAUUGCAAUUGUUGCUAUGGGUAUAGCUGCUCACCACAUUAUUCUUAUGGUUGUAGGAAACGACUACUGGUUGGGGCUUUUUGUUAAUGGGUCGGGCAUUCUGUCCAUGGUUCUCACUUGUGUAUCCAUCUUCAUUCUAAACUCUUAAGUAUGGGAUUAGGGAGAGGUAGAAGUAGAACUUAAUUUAAAUGGGUGGGCAUCAAAAGUCAAGUAUUGAUAUUCUUCUAACAUUUGACUAGAGAAAGCUUUGUGAAUAACAAGUAACAACCUACUUUUAUCCUAUUCAUGUUUUAGGAAUUUUUGUGGAAUUGAUAUUUAUG